CUAAUUAGCAUCCCUGUUUUCCGCCAUCAAGAUCCUGCGCUACUCCCCUCCAGUAAAGCCCAGCCUGCCUACAGCGCCACCACCACGCAACGUGCUGCUGUCCGCCCGCCCGCCCGCCCCCGGAAAGGCAAAAAAAAGUUCGAUUGUUGUUUUCUUUGGAAUUUUACUUUUUCCCAUUGUUUUAAUUGGACUCGGUCAAAACGUCACGAGUUGCUAGCGAGUCGCACUGACAAAGGCUAUUCUUCAACUCGGUCUGGACCCUUCGCCCCACGCUCUUCGCUCUCUUCUCUCUGCCCAUUUCGCAUUCAUUCAUCCCGAUCACUCCAUCUCCUAUCUAUCUAUCUGUUACUGCUACUGCUGUCGCUGCUGCAGGUAAUCUAUCAAUCUAUCUAUCAGUCAGCAGACGCGCAGUCAAACAAACCCACCCUGCGCCCCGGCACACACCGUAGUCCCCAUUGUCUCCAUCACCUCACUUGCUCGCCUCAUCUCGCUAUCACAAUGCCCGAGGACGAGGAUCCAAAUCCCGCUCUCAGCCAAGAAGAGCAGGACGAUGGCUCCAGUGCCGAGGAGACUAUCAACCAUGGGUCGACAGACUCCGCGCACCCUCGUAAGAAGCGCAAGAGGGGAAAGUAUCAAAAGACUUCAUGCGAACUGUGUAAAGCACGCAAAGUCAAGUGCGAUCGCGCUGAGCCCGCUUGCUCAUGGUGCGCUAGACACAACCGCAAUUGCGUGUACCUGGAGCGACAGAAGCCAGGCAGCCGAAUUGGCUUCAGUCUUGAGCUAGAGGCCAAGGUGAACCGCAUCGAUGCUCUGCUUCAGACGCUCGGUCGUCGCGUGGAAGAACAUAUCGCGCAAGGACACAGUGAUCCAGCGCAGACCUUGUCGCCAGCCAUCAGCAAUCCGCCACCGCCUGCUCACUCAGAACGCAGCCGUGCGAGCCCAGGAAGCACUUCUCGACAUACCCCUACGGCGCAAGGUGGUGCGGGAAGCCAGGGAUACGACGAUCAUGAUACACCACACAGAUCUCAGCCUGGUGGUCCGCGGUCAUCCAUCUCCAUGGUCGACAGCGGUUUUCCACCGACUUCCUUGCCGCCGCCCGCGUUUGGCGGUAUGAGGCGAGGCCCAUCAUCGCUAUCUGCUGGUUCAGAUUUGCCUCCCCAGGAUAUUGUCUACACCCUGGUGGACUUGUACUUUAAGCACUGUAAUACUUGGUGUCCGAUUCUCGACAGAAAAACUACCUUUAGCGUCUUCUUUGGAUCGACGUCUCUCAACGAAGCAGACCGCGUUCUGCUGCACGCCAUUGUCGCCACCACUCUCCGAUUUCUCAAGGACCCCAGACUCUCUCCCGAGAUGCGGUCGCACUACCACGCGGUAUCACGACAAGCAGUCCAACUAUAUGCAAUGGACAAUGCCAACGUUGAAGCGCUACGAGCACUUGUCAUUGUUUGUCUGGACGAGCUCGGUACCUCCAACGGCCCCAAAGGGUGGAACCUCCUGGCCAUCCUGGCACAGAACGUGCGGCAGCUUGGGCUAUGCGAGGAAAGCAGCAUUUUCCUGUCUGUAGAUACCGACGAAGAUACCCCACAGACAGGCUCCAUACGAAGAGUUGCGAUUGACAGCCCGUCAUCGUGGAUUGAAGACGAGGGCCGACGCCGACUAUGCUGGAUGGUGUAUCUGCUGGACCGAUACGCCACGCUAGCUACGACGACAUUCGAUUUCAUGCUCGACGAUACCAAGAUGAAGCGUAUGCUUCCUUGCUCCUACGACUUGUUCUCUCGAGACGUCCCCGUUGAAACGAGAGCAUGGGCAUGGAACUCGGAGCAACAUGGUGCAGCUGGACUGACAAUCAACCGACCUGAGAAUCUGGGGAGUUUCUCGUACCACUGCGAAAUCCUCCGUAUUCUCAGCAAGGUCCACGACUUUCUCAAGCAGCCAGUCGAUAUCACCUCCCAAUCCGAAAUGGCAACUUGGCGAAACAACUAUCGAGCGCUCGACAGCGCCUUGGAUACCUGGCUGCGCGGACUCCCUGGCGACUACAGCAAGAUCUCGGCGCUCUGCCACUCGGACCCGGCAAGCCGUGUAGCCAACUGGUUCAUGCUACAUAGCGCCUACGUGACUGCUGUUGUGCGUUUACAUUCUUCAGCAGCAUAUCCAACAGUCCGUUCAUCGCUGUUUGUGCCGUCGCACUACGCUAUGCAGCGGUGCUUGUCCGCCGUACAAAGUCUGGGAGAUAUCGCGCAAGAUGUAUACGAAGCUAGCGGCUUGGAUAUCCUUGGCCCGCCUUUUGUCUUUUCGCUAUGGGUAGCUGCUCGCCUGCUGCUUGUCCACGCCGCCACUAUCGGAUGUCCCGUCGACCCGCGCAUCGAAUUCUUUAUCGAAAUCCUAGGCCAUGUCGGCAAAUACUGGGACGUUGCGAACAACUACGCCAAGAUCCUGGCUAGAGUCGUCCAGCGCGCAAGACAGGGCGACAUGAACUUUACGGCAAUGCGACGCAGCGCCCAUGGUCUGGUGACCCUCACGGCAUCGACGCGCCAAUCUGGUAUUGAGCAAACGUCGACGCAGAGUACCUCUCUAAGUGAGUUGGACAAUAUUGACGUCUUUGACUUUUUCAACUAUCCCAAGGUAUCGGAGCCCGUGGCCCGCGCCGUCAAUGGCCAGUCGAGUCUGUCGCAGUCGCCGCCGCAGGCACAGCAACAGCAACAGCUACAGCAGCAGCUACAGGCGGAUCAAUCUAUGAGAAUGCCGGAUCCGGAAUCAGAUUGGUUGGGAUUUGGAGGACAAUUCUGAGGCAUGUAAUCGAGUGGCUGCCCGUUCUAGCAGAGCAUCAUCUCGUAUUGUUAUUAAAAGAAUAUUGAUUGAAAGAUACCCAUUUACGGGGUGUACUUGUUCUUGUGUACCAACUAGUAUAUACCCCAUAGAAAUUGUAACACGAAUCUACUGCUGUUG